UGAGGGCAGCCAGGGAGCAGCUGCAAUGGGUGGCACUAUGGGUCGCCGUCUGCUUUGGACUGUCUGCAGCCAACUCUGGCAUGGGUCAGACAGAAGCUAAAAUGCCAGUAGUCCCAGAGGUGAGAUCCUUCCACGAUGACGGCGUCUGCAGCACAUGGGGAAACUACCACUUCAAAACUUUCGAUGGAGAUUUCUUCCAGCUCCCUUUCACCUGCAACUACGUCCUUGCGUCCGAGUGCGAAGGCAGUUUUGAAGAUUUCAAUGUUCAGCUCCAGCGAAAGGUGACGAAUGGGGUUGUCUCCAUUAAGAGGGUCAUUAUGAAACUGGAUGGGGUUGAAGUGGAAUUAGCCGACACUUCCAUCAAAGUCAACAAACUACCUGUGUCUAUACCUUUCACUCAACCUGGCAUUUCAAUUGAAAGAACCGUUUCAUAUGUCAAACUCGAGGCAAAGCUGGGUUUGGUCCUCAUGUGGAAUCAAGAUGACGUCCUCUGGAUUGAGCUGGAUCCAAGAUACAGGAAUCAGACAUGUGGCCUGUGUGGUAACUUCAAUGGAGUCCAGGUUGAUGACAAGUCCAUCACAAUAGGGGAUUCUUCUGAAGAGUACGGGGAGGAAUGGGAAAAGAAUGAUCCCACUGAUAAGUGUGAAAAAAUCCCCUCUUCUGUUAUGCCGACCUGUGAAAAGCAGACGGACCUCUGUGAAAACCUGCUGACAGGAACUGCCUUCCACAGCUGUCAAAACCUGGUCGAUACCCAUUCCUUUAUCAGAGCGUGUGUGAUGGACCUGUGCAGCUGUAACAGCAACAGUAGCUCCUGUAUGUGUUCCACCAUCUCAGAGUUCUCCCGUCAGUGCGCUCACGCAGGUGGAAUACCUCAGCAAUGGAAGACCACUCAGCUCUGUGCAAAAACGUGUCCGUUCAACAUGGAGUACAGAGAAUGUGGGAGUCCCUGCACUGACACCUGCAGCGACUCUCAGAGAAGCCAAACGUGCGACGAUCACUGCACCGAUGGAUGCUUCUGUCCAAAUGGGACCAUCUUUGAUGACAUCACACAAAGUGGGUGUGUUCCCUUUGACCAGUGCUCCUGUUUGCACAAUGGCAAGCCGUACGGUCCAGGGAAAUCCUACUCGAGGCCAUGUGGUGAAUGCACCUGCACCAGGGGUGAGUGGAGCUGUCAGGACAAAGACUGUCCCGGUAUCUGCUCCAUACUGGGAGGCUCUCACAUCUCCACCUAUGAUGACAAUACGUACACAUUCCAUGGAGAAUGCUCUUACGUUUUCUCCAAAGAAACUAACGGGACUUUCAGAGUCCUCGGUAAUAUGGCCAGAUGUGAUGUGAAGUCUGAUAAAUCAACUUGCCUGACUGCGGUCACGGUACAUCUGGCAAAACAAAAGCAGAAGAUUAAAGUUAAAGCCGACGGACAGGUCUCAUAUAACAAGCAGAUCUCUCAACUGCCUCUUUUCACCGACGAUGUAACAGUCUUCAGUCCAUCAACAUUCUUUAUUGUGGUCCACACCACCUACGGGCUCGAUGUUGAGAUUCAGCUCACGCCGGUUAUGCAGGUCUACAUCAAAGCCAGCGUGUCCAACAAGGGAAAACUUAAAGGUCUUUGCGGAGAUUUUAAUGACAAUCAAGCUGACGACUUCAGAACCCCAAGCGGACUGACCGAGGGAACGUGUAGGACAUUCGCCAACACAUGGAAGACCAAAGCCGGCUGCCCUGAUGCUACAACCACGUCCGAGCAUCCCUGUAGCUUUAACAUGGGCAAGGAGAGAUAUGCCAAACAAUGGUGUUCCCUGCUGUCAAAGCAAGGAGGGAUUUUUGCCAAAUGCCAUUCUGACAUAAACCCAGACAUCUAUGAAGAGUCUUGUAUCUACGAUACAUGCGCCUGUAAAGACAGUGAGGAAUGCAUGUGUGCUGCCCUGUCUUCCUAUGUGCAAGCAUGCGCUGUUGCAGGUGUCUCACUGGACGGAUGGAGGACCACUGCAUGCAAUAAGUACACAAGUGGCUGCCCCUCUACUUUCGUGUAUGCCUACCAGAUGAAUAGCUGCGGACGCACCUGUCGCUCUCUCAGUCAGUCAGACUUAACAUGUGAGGUUGAGUUUACUCCUCUUGAUGGCUGCGGCUGUGCUGAAGGAAAGUACCUCAAUGAGAUGAGGGAGUGUGUGUCGGCCUCAAAAUGCUCCUGUCAGGUGGGGGACACAAUGUUGAGGCCCCAGCAGGACAUUACAGUCAAUGGAGAGACUUGCUCCUGCCACCAGGGAAAACUGAGCUGUACAGGAAGUCCAAAACAUGAAUAUUGCACCAAUCCAAUGGUUUUCUUCAACUGCUCCACUGCAAACCAAGGUGAAAAGGGAACUGAGUGCCAGAGAAGCUGCCAGAAUCUGGAAACAGACUGUGUCAGUCUACAGUGUAUCUCAGGCUGCGUGUGUCCUGCUGGUCUGCUUUCUGACGGCAAAGGAGCCUGUGUACAGGAGGAGGACUGUCCCUGUUCCUAUAACGGACAGUACUACAGUUCUGGACAGACUGUCACUGUAGACUGCAAUACCUGCACUUGCAGAAGCAGAAAAUGGAAUUGCACAACUCAUGAAUGUGCUGGGACAUGUUCCAUGUAUGGAGAAGGGCAUUACAUGACGUUUGAUGAAAGGAGAUUCUCUUUUAAUGGGGAAUGUGGUUAUGUCUUCACCCAGGAUUACUGUGGGGACGAUAGGAAUGGCACCUUCAGGGUCCUGACUGAGAGCAUCCCAUGUGGAACAUCUGAAAACAUCUGCUCUACUAAAAUCAGGCUCUACUUAGGGAACAAAGAAAUUAUUCUAACAGAAGAAAAUGUCCAAGUUGUCAAACAAAGCCAAGGGCUGGACAUACCCUAUCACAUCAACACUAUGGGUCUUUAUCUUGUCAUUGAGGCGAAGAAUGGUCUUGUUCUCAUGUGGAAUAAGAAGACAAUAUUGAUGAUCAAACUCAGCUCAGCAUUUAAGGGCCAAGUCUGUGGUCUGUGUGGAAAUUACGAUGGGAAUACCAAGAACGAUUUCACCACCAGAAACAAAGAAAUUGUGGUCAAUGACCUUGAGUUUGGAAACAGCUGGAAAUUGUCGCCUUCCUGCUCCAAUGCAAAUAUAUCAACAAAUCCCUGCAGUCUGUACUCACACAGGCAGGCAUGGGCAUUAAAACACUGCAACAUAAUCCACAGUGAAGUCUUUGCUGUCUGCCGUGAAAAGGUGGAUCCCAAAAUCUACCAUGAUGCCUGUGUGAGAGACACAUGUGCCUGCAACACAGGAGGAGACUGUGAGUGUUUCUGCUCGGCUGUGGCAGCCUACGCAGCCGCCUGCAAUAAGGCUGGAGCCUGCGUGAGGUGGAGAACUCCCACAAUCUGCCCUCUUUUCUGUGAUUUUUACAACGCUGAUGGGGAGUGUGAGUGGCACUACAGCCCAUGUGGAAAACCUUGUAUGAAGACAUGCAGGAACCCCUCAGGGAAAUGUUACAACCACAUUCCAGCAUUAGAAGGCUGCUAUCCGAAUUGCCCACUUGAACAACCUUAUUUGGAGGAAACUACCAUGAAGUGUGUGCCACAGGAGGAAUGCGGCUGCUACGAUGAUGAAGAGAAGCAUUAUGAAGAAGGGCAGGACAUGCCUACAAAAACAAACUGUCAACGCUGCAAUUGUUUUUCAACAAAGAGGAAGUGCAGAUAUGAUGUCCACUCUUGCAGAUGCUUAUAUGAAGGCAAAGAAUACAAGUUUGGAGAUAAGAUAUACGCCACAGAUGAUGGAGAUGGACACUGUAUGAAUGCUUCCUGUGGACAAGAAGGAAAUAUUACUAGAACAUUUGAAUAUUGCACAACAACCACCCAGACACCAACCUUUAAUUUUACCACAACAGUAAAACCCACAACCACUACAACCACAACCACAACCACAGAGAAACCCCCCACCACUACAACCACAAACACAGAGAAACCCACAACCCCUACAACCACAACAACAGAGAAACCCCCCACCACUUUAACCACAACCACAGAAAAACCCAUCACCACUACAACCACAGAGAAAACCCCAACCACUAUAACCACAACCACAGAGAGACCCACUUCCACUACAAGCACAACCACAGAGAAACACCCCACCACUACAACAAUAACCACAGAAAAAUCCACAACUACUGAAACACCCACAACAACCACCCCAACCACCACCGCUAAUUGCUUUGUUUGUAACUCGUCUGAUUGGAUCAACACGGGUUACCCUCAACAAACCCUAGAUGGUGGAGAUUAUGAAACUUUAGACAAUUUUACUUUUUGUAGGACACCUCUGGAGGUAAAAUGUAGAGCAAAACUCUACCCAGAUACACCUCUGAAGGAUUUAGAUCAAAAAGUAACAUGCAACUCAACAGUCGGACUCAUCUGUCAUAACAAAGACCAGGGUACACCUCCUCAUUGUCUGGACUAUGAAAUACAAGUCACGUGUUGUACUUACAUGUGUUCCACUACAACCUCUAUAACCACUACAACCACAACCACAAAGAAACCCCUCACCACUACAACAACAACCACAGAGAGACCCACUACCCCUACAACCACAACCACAGAAAAGCCCACCACCACUACAACCACAACCACAGAGAAACCCUCCACCACUACAACAACAACCACAGAGAUACCCACUACCACUACAACCACAACCAGAGAGAAACCCCCCACCACUACAACCAUAACCACAGAAAAAUCCACAACUACUGAAACACCCACAACAACCCCAAUUUCAAGCACAACCACCACAACCUCUUCAAACACUACCAUAGAGAAACCCCCCACCUUUCCAACAACAACCACAGAGAGACCCCCGACCACUACAACCACAACCAAAGAGAAACCCACUACCACUACAACCACAACCACAGAGCAACCCCCCACCACUACAACAAUAACCACAGAAAAAUCCACAAGGACUGAAACACCCACAACAACCCAAAUUUCAACCACAACCACCACAACCCCUUCAACAAAAAUCACAGAGAGACCCACUACCCCUACAACCACAACCACAGAAAAGCCCACCACCACUACAACCACAACCACAGAGAAACACCCCACCACUACAACAAUAACCACAGAAAAAUCCACAACGACUGAAACACCCACAACAACCACCCCAACCACCAGCGCUAAUUGCUUUGUUUGUAACUCGUCUGAUUGGAUCAACACGGGUUACCCUCAACAAACCCUAGAUGGUGGAGAUUAUGAAACUUUAGACAAUUUUACUUUUUGUAGGACACCUCUGGAGGUAAAAUGUAGGGCAAAACUCUACCCAGAUACACCUCUGAAUGAUUUAGAUCAAAAAGUAACAUGCAACUCAACAGUCGGACUCAUCUGUCAUAACAAAGACCAGGGUACACCUCCUCAUUGUCUGGACUAUGAAAUACAAGUCACGUGUUGUACUUAUAUGUGUUCCACUACAACCUCUAUAACCACUACAACCACAACCACAAAGAAACCCCUCACCACUACAACAACAACCACAGAGAGACCCACUACCCCUACAACCACAACCACAGAAAAGCCCACCACCACUACAACCACAACCACAGAGAAACCCUCCACCACUACAACCACAACCACAGAGAUACCCACUACCACUACAACCACAACCAGAGAGAAACCCCCCACCACUACAACCAUAACCACAGAAAAAUCCACAACUACUGAAACACCCACAACAACCCCAAUUUCAAGCACAACCACCACAACCUCUUCAACCACUACCACAGAGAAACCCCCCACCUUUCCAACAACAACCACAGAGAGACCCCCGACCACUACAACCACAACCACAGAGAAACCCACUACCACUACAACCACAACCACAGAGCAACCCCCCACCACUACAACAAUAACCACAGAAAAAUCCACAACGACUGAAACACCCACAACAACCCAAAUUUCAACCACAACCACCACAACCCCUUCAACAACAACCACAGAGAGACCCACUACCCCUACAACCACAACCACAGAAAAGCCCACCACCACUACAACCACAACCACAGAGAAACACCCCACCACUACAACAAUAACCACAGAAAAAUCCACAACGACUGAAACACCCACAACAACCACCCCAACCACCACCGCUAAUUGCUUUGUUUGUAACUCGUCUGAUUGGAUCAACACGGGUUACCCUCAACAAACCCUAGAUGGUGGAGAUUAUGAAACUUUAGACAAUUUUACUUUUUGUAGGACACCUCUGGAGGUAAAAUGUAGAGCAAAACUCUACCCAGAUACACCUCUGAAGGAUUUAGAUCAAAAAGUAACAUGCAACUCAACAGUCGGACUCAUCUGUCAUAACAAAGACCAGGGUACACCUCCUCAUUGUCUGGAUUAUGAAAUACAAGUCACGUGUUGUACGUACAUGUGUUCCACUACAACCUCUAUAAUCACUACAACCACAACCACAAAUAAACCCCUCACCACUACAACAACAACCACAGAGAGACCCACUACCCCUACAACCACAACCACAGAAAAGCCCACCACCACUACAACCACAACCACAAAUAAACCCCUCACCACUACAACAACAACCACAGAGAUACCCACUACCACUACAACCACAACCAGAGAGAAACCCCCCACCACUACAACCAUAACCACAGAAAAAUCCACAACUACUGAAACACCCACAACAACCCCAAUUUCAAGCACAACCACCACAACCUCUUCAACCACUAUCACAGAGAAACCCCCCACCUUUCCAACAACAACCACAGAGAGACCCCCGACCACUACAACCACAACCACAGAGAAACCCACUACCACUACAACCACAACCACAGAGCAACCCCCCACCACUACAACAAUAACCACAGAAAAAUCCACAACGACUGAAACACCCACAACAACCCAAAUUUCAACCACAACCACCACAACCCCUUCAACAACAACCACAGAGAGACCCACUACCCCUACAACCACAACCACAGAAAAGCCCACCACCACUACAACCACAACCACAGAAAAGCCCACCACCACUACAACCACAACCACAGAGAAACCCUCCACCACUACAACAACAACCACAGAGAUACCCACUACCACAGAGAAACCCCCCACCUUUCCAACAACAACCACAGAGAGACCCCCGACCACUACAACUACAACCACAGAGAAACCCACUACCACUACAACCACAACCACAGAGCAACCCCCCACCACUACAACAAUAACCACAGAAAAAUCCACAAUGACUGAAACACCCACAACAACCCAAAUUUCAACCACAACCACCACAACCCCUUCAACAACAACCACAGAGAGACCCACUACCCCUACAACCACAACCACAGAAAAGCCCACCACCACUACAACCACAACCACAGAGAAACACCCCACCACUACAACAAUAACCACAGAAAAAUCCACAACGACUGAAACACCCACAACAACCACCCCAACCACCACCGCUAAUUGCUUUGUUUGUAACUCGUCUGAUUGGAUCAACACGGGUUACCCUCAACAAACCCUAGAUGGUGGAGAUUAUGAAACUUUAGACAAUUUUACUUUUUGUAGGACACCUCUGGAGGUAAAAUGUAGAGCAAAACUCUACCCAGAUACACCUCUGAAGGAUUUAGAUCAAAAAGUAACAUGCAACUCAACAGUCGGACUCAUCUGUCAUAACAAAGACCAGGGUACACCUCCUCAUUGUCUGGAUUAUGAAAUACAAGUCACGUGUUGUACGUACAUGUGUUCCACUACAACCUCUAUAAUCACUACAACCACAACCACAAAUAAACCCCUCACCACUACAACAACAACCACAGAGAGACCCACUACCCCUACAACCACAACCACAGAAAAGCCCACCACCACUACAACCACAACCACAGAGAAACCCUCCACCACUACAACAACAACCACAGAGAUACCCACUACCACUACAACCACAACCAGAGAGAAACCCCCCACCACUACAACCAUAACCACAGAAAAAUCCACAACUACUGAAACACCCACAACAACCCCAAUUUCAAGCACAACCACCACAACCUCUUCAACCACUACCACAGAGAAACCCCCCACCUUUCCAACAACAACCACAGAGAGACCCCCGACCACUACAACCACAACCACAGAGAAACCCACUACCACUACAACCACAACCACAGAGCAACCCCCCACCACUACAACAAUAACCACAGAAAAAUCCACAACGACUGAAACACCCACAACAACCCAAAUUUCAACCACAACCACCACAACCCCUUCAACAACAACCACAGAGAGACCCACUACCCCUACAACCACAACCACAGAAAAGCCCACCACCACUACAACCACAACCACAGAGAAACACCCCACCACUACAACAAUAACCAUAGAAAAAUCCACAACGACUGAAACACCCACAACAACCACCCCAACCACCACCGCUAAUUGCUUUGUUUGUAACUCUUCUGAUUGGAUCAACACGGGUUACCCUCAACAAACCCUAGAUGGUGGAGAUUAUGAAACUUUAGACAAUUUUACUUUUUGUAGGACACCUCUGGAGGUAAAAUGUAGAGCAAAACUCUACCCAGAUACACCUCUGAAGGAUUUAGAUCAAAAAGUAACAUGCAACUCAACAGUCGGACUCAUCUGUCAUAACAAAGACCAGGGUACACCUCCUCAUUGUCUGGAUUAUGAAAUACAAGUCACGUGUUGUACGUACAUGUGUUCCACUACAACCUCUAUAACCACUACAACCACAACCACAAAUAAACCCCUCACCACUACAUCAACAACCACAGAGAGACCCACUACCCCUACAACCACAACCACAGAAAAGCCCACCACCACUACAACCACAACCACAGAGAAACACCCCACCACUACAACAACAACCACAGAGAUACCCACUACCACUACAACCACAACCAGAGAGAAACCCCCCACCACUACAACCAUAACCACAGAAAAAUCCACAACUACUGAAACACCCACAACAACCCCAAUUUCAAGCACAACCACCACAACCUCUUCAACCACUACCAUAGAGAAACCCCCCACCUUUCCAACAACAACCACAGAGAGACCCCCCACCACUACAACCACAACCACAGAGAAACCCACUACCACUACAACCACAACCACAGAGAAACCCCCCACCACUACAACAAUAACCACAGAAAAAUCCACAACGACUGAAACACCCACAACAACCCAAAUUUCAACCACAACCACCACAACCCCUUCAACAACAACCACAGAGAGACCCACUACCCCUACAACCACAACCACAGAAAAGCCCACCACCACUACAACCACAACCACAGAGAAACACCCCACCACUACAACAAUAACCACAGAAAAAUCCACAACGACUGAAACACCCACAACAACCACCCCAACCACCACCGCUAAUUGCUUUGUUUGUAACUCUUCUGAUUGGAUCAACACGGGUUACCCUCAACAAACCCUAGAUGGUGGAGAUUAUGAAACUUUAGACAAUUUUACUUUUUGUAGGACACCUCUGGAGGUAAAAUGUAGAGCAAAACUCUACCCAGAUACACCUCUGAAGGAUUUAGAUCAAAAAGUAACAUGCGACUCAACAGUCGGACUCAUCUGUCAUAACAAAGACCAGGGUACACCUCCUCAUUGUCUGGACUAUGAAAUACAAGUCACGUGUUGUACUUAUAUGUGUUCCACUACAACCUCUAUAACCACUACAACCACAACCACAACAACAGAGAGACCCCCCACUACUACAACCACAACCACAGAGAAACCCACUACCACUACAACCACAACCACAGAGCAACCCCCCAACACUACAACUAUAACCACAGAAAAAUCCACAACUACUGAAACACCCACAACAACCACAACCCCUUCAACCACUCCCACAGAGAAAUCCCCCACAACUACAACCACAACUACAGAAAAACCCACUACCACUACAACCACAACCACAGAGAAGCACCCCACCACUACAACCAUAACCACAGAGAAGCCCACUACCACUACAACCACAACCACAGAAGAACCCACAACCACAGAGAAACCCACUACCACUAAAACCAUAACCACUGAAAAACCAACAACCACAAAAAUAGCAACAAACAUGACUCCAGCCAGAGUUAAUUCAACCACAUCAUUCCUUGUAGUCACAAACUCAAAGGUUACAAGUGCAAUAUUAACAAAUUCCCAGGUUUUCCAUGAAUCGACAACAACCACAGAAAGACCCAGAAGUUCAACGACCACAACAACCAUAGAGUCAACAACAGUCACAGAAAAACCUACAACCACAACCACAGAGAAACCCACCACCACUACAACAACAACCACAGAGAAACCCCCCACCCCAACCACCACAACCACAGGGAAACCCCUCACCUCUACAACCACAACCACAGAGAAGCUCACUACCAAUACAACCAUAACCACCGAAAAAUCUACAACUACUGAAACACCCACAACAACCAAAAUUUCAACCACAACCACCACAACCCCUUCAACAACAACCACAGAGAGACCCACUACCCCUACAACCACAACCACAGAAAAUCCCACCACCACUACAACAACAACCACAGAGAUACCCACUACCACUACAACCACAACCAGAGAGAAACCCCCCACCACUACAACCAUAACCACAGAAAAAUCCACAACUACUGAAACACCCACAACAACCCCAAUUUCAAGCACAACCACCACAACCUCUUCAAACACUACCACAGAGAAACCCCCCACCUUUCCAACAACAACCACAGAGAGACCCCCCACCACUACAACCACAACCACAGAGAAACCCACUACCACUACAACCACAACCACAGAGAAACCCCCCACCACUACAACAAUAACCACAGAAAGAUCCACAACGACUGAAACACCCACAACAACCCAAAUUUCAACCACAACCACCACAACACCUUCAACAACAACCACAGAGAGACCCACUACCCCUACAACCACAACCACAGAAAAGCCCACCACCACUACAACCACAACCACAGAGAGACCCCCCACUACUACAACCACAACCACAGGGAAACCCACUACCACUACAACCACAACCACAGAGCAACCCCCCACCACUACAACUAUAACCACAGAAAAAUCCACAAUUACUGAAACACCCACAACAACCACAACCCCUUCAACCACUACCACAGAUAAAUACCCCACAACUACGACCACAACUACAGAAAAACCCACUACCACUACAACCACAACCACAGAGAAGCACCCCACCACUACAACCAUAACCACAGAGAAGCCCACUACCACAGAGAAACCCACAAGCAGAUCUACAACAUGCUUCUGCAACUACCAGAAUCAGACUUUCUCCCCAGGGAGCUUCAUGUACAAUAAAACUGAUGGUGCAGGCUGGUGUUACACUUCAUAUUGCAAUUCAACAUGCAACGUUGAGAAGCUUGUCAGACCAUGUCACUCCACCACUCCACAAGCACCGACCAGCACCACGUCAAGCUCUGGCACUACAACACCAACUGGCUCACCGAAAGUUACAGGAUCCACAGCGACGCCUUUCCAAGACUGCUCAUAUCUGGAGCCACCAAGAAAGCAUGGAGAGACGUGGAAGCAAGACAAAUGCACCACAGCAACAUGUUAUAAUGGUACAGUACGAUCAGAUCGUACAGUAACAUGUGAUUCAGUGACCAAGCCUGUCUGUGACAAUGGGUUCGAGCCACUCAAGGUCUAUGAUGAAACGGGCUGCUGUUAUCACUACGAAUGCAGAUGUGUCUGCAGUGGCUGGGGAGAUCCUCAUUAUAAGACUUUUGAUGGUCAAUAUUACAGCUUCCAGAAAAACUGCACAUACGUCCUGGUCAAAGAGAUCAUUCCCAGAUACGGUUUUAAGAUUAUUAUUGACAAUGAAAACUGUGACGCCUCAGGAACUGUGACCUGCACUAAAUCCUUGAGGGUGUAUUACAAAGAGUAUGACAUAAUUCUCACGCAGGAGAGGAAUCCCAAGUUCAUAAACAAGGUCUUCAUCAACGACCAGCGGGUUUUCCCAACCUACUCUAAUGAGGACCUCACUAUUAAAAGUACAGGGAUCAAGCUGGAAUUGACAAUCCCAGCAAUUGAAGCAUAUGUGAUGUUCAAAGGACUUUCAUACAGCGUUGAAUUGCCAUUUGCGCUGUUCCACAAUAACACAGAGGGACAAUGUGGUACCUGUGACAAUAACAAGACAAAUGACUGCAGUGUACUAAAGCCCACUAUUCAUACAUCGUGCCCUAAGAUGGCAGAACACUGGCGUGUAAACGAUACAACAAAGGAUUAUUGCAAGGGGCCAUCUAAUGAUACAACACCUCCACCUGAAGUUGAAUGCAAUCAUGAUAUCUGCAAGAUUUUGAACAGCACGUUGUUUGAGAAAUGCCACAAACUAGUCCCACCACAAUCCUUUUAUGAGGGCUGUAAAUUCGAUGUUUGCCAAAUGCCGAAUUCCAGCAUUGGUUGUUCCAGUCUGGAGACUUAUGCCACGAUGUGUGCCGAUGUUUCUGUCUGUGUAGACUGGAGGAAAGCUACGAAUGGACAGUGUGAUUAUACAUGUCCAGAAAAUAAAAUCUACAAGCCUUGUGGACCAACUGCUGUGCCAACAUGCAAUGCAAGGUACAAUGACAAGUAUAUAGAACAAUGCCCGGGACAAAAUCCUCCACACAACGAUAAAUUUGAUGGAUUCUUGGAGGGAUGCUUUUGUCCAGAGGGGACGACGCUGUUCAGUUCAAAAUCGGACGUUUGUGUCAACGCCUGUUGUACUGGACCUGAUGGCCAACCUAAACACCUUGGUGAGUCUUGGCAGGUUGGCUGUCAUCAGUGUGUGUGCACUGACGAGAUUGUUCAGUGUGAGCCGCGAGCUUGUCCCACUCAAGAACCGGUGACCUGUGCUGAGAAAGGUGCGGUGUUGGUGAACCGCACAGUGGACUGCUGUGAGAUUCUGACUUGUGAAACUCCUGGCCAGAGCUGUCAAAUGAACAGGACCUCCACCUACCUGAAGGCAAAGAAUUGCACGUCAGUUGAGCCGGUGGAAAUGACAGCCUGUGAAGGAUCCUGUGGAGCCUCCUCGUCCAUGUACUCCGCAGAGCUCGACAGCAUGACACAUGCAUGCUCAUGCUGUAAAGAAAUGGCCUCCAGCAAGAAGGAAGUGGAGAUGAUCUGCUUAGAUGGAAGCCGUCUGAAGCACUCCUACAUUUCAGUUGACAAGUGCGGCUGUCAAGUCGCAGAAUGUUCUAAAAACGGCAAAGAAUAGAGGAAAAUGUUUGAAACUGGAAACUAAUCUCACUCAAAUAUUUUUUAACUUGAUUUUGAAAAAUUCUACUUUAUUUACUUCGAGCUGUUCCAUCUUCAUGUUUCAUGUCUCCCAAGGAUGAUUCAAAUGUUUCCUACAUAUGUAGACACUUGUUUCUUUUAACCUUUAGAGUACCUGGAUUUGUUUAAAGUGAGGCUGGUGUUCUCUUUUAACUUUUUCCAAACAUCAUGGGAUGUUUUCUGUCUAAGAGGGUCUUUAUUUCAAUACCUUAAGAGAAACAAUUAGAUAUAGUGUAUACUGCAUAGUGUUUUGCAGUUUUUAAGUUUUUGGUGAAAGGUUUUUCAAACAUCUGAUCCCAUAUCGUUCUGUCAAAUAUGAAAAUCUUCAGUGCUAUUAAAACUACUAAUGGUCAUGCACUCUAUAUUUGUUCAGAUCUUGUUUAUUUCUCAUGAUUUGACUUGAUGUGGCUGAAUGACGCAUUGCUGGUAUCAAGAAAAGAUAUGUUUAGUUUUUCUAUGACAGUGCACCAUCAUGUAUAAUGAAGUCUAAGAACAUCUUCCCAUUCACUUGAAUAGGAAAGUGGUAUCAGGGUAUUGGACCCCAAUGCGUAACUCACACAUAUUUGAUUAUUAGAUAUGUAGAUAUAAACAGUCACUCAUAUUUAAUGUUGAAAAAUGCUCUAUCUCACAAUUUUUUUUGCAGAUCUAGAUUCACAAACCCCCAAACAAACAAUUGAACAGGGGUGAAAUAAUCAAAUCCUUGAUAAAAAUAAUAAUAGUCCCAACUAUAUAGCCUGUAUCACAGGAUUGGGAAAAAAAAUCAAUAGCUACUUUUUUCUUGUCCAACUUUUUCAUAUGUCAUAGUAAAUAAAUAAAAAUGUCUAC